ACGCCAUUGGCUGGUACGGAUAAAGCAACAGGACAGCGCAGGACAAUCCCGAACAGCUCACUCGAAGACAAUACUAAAUCAAAUUUUUGUUCUGGAUCAAGAUGAUACCUGACGAUUCCAGCUCCCACUCUGACAUAACUAGUAGAAGGCUUGUGAACAGGACACACUGACAUAACUAUAGGAGUGGGUGGACGCUGUUAAAUGUCAUCCCAUGACAAACUACGUCAAAUCAGCAGGGUCCACGUGUGUGCAGUACAGAGCAUAUGAAGAUAGUUCUCCUUUUGAAACUAUCUACUUAAAAGUCUCUGUGUGUGGGCAGAUGCAGAAGUGUCUGGUGCUCUGUAUGGUCCUGCUGGCCCUGGUCUCUGCUGAUGGCUGCCCAGAUGGAGGGAUGUGUGCGGAGGGCAACACCUGCUGCAAGGCCCCCUCCAAUGAUUACAAAUGCUGCCCGCUACAUCAGGCUGAGUGCUGUGAGGAUCAUAUCCACUGCUGCCCUAUGGGAACACUCUGUCUUGUGAAUGAGUCUACGUGUGUGAAUGGAACCGUCUCGCUGCCAUGGGUGGAGAGAGUCUCUGCUAAACAGUCCACACAUCUUAAAUCUUUCAGAAUGAUCAGUACAUACGCUGGGGAUGAAGAUGAUAAAAUCUGUUCGGACAACUCUCACUGCCCACCGGAGUUCUCCUGUCUACAGACCACUAAAGGCUUUGGAUGCUGUCCUGUAGCUCAGGCUUUGUCUUGCUCUGAUGGGAAACAUUGCUGUCCUCAAGGCCACCAGUGCAGCACGGAUGGACAGUCCUGCAUCAGACUGAAAGAUCCAGUUGUUCCAGUGAUGUGUAACGAUGGAGAAUCUGAGUGCCCAGGGGAGACGACAUGCUGUGAGACUCCUGAUGGGAGAUGGGGGUGCUGCCCCAUGCCCAAGGCUGUGUGCUGUGAGGAUAAGAUUCACUGCUGUCCUGAUGGCAGCACCUGUGACAUCAAGCAAUCGAAGUGUAUAUCUGCUAGCAACAAGGAAAUGCCUAUGUGGGCCAAGUUCCCUGCACGUAUCAGGGCAGAGUGGGAAAACCCCAAAAAAGUGACAACACCUGUUCCAGACACUACUACCUCCACCAAUACAAUUCUGGUUCCCCUUUGGGAGGGGGCCAAAUCUUCACCCCUCUUAACUAGGGCAAAAGACGUUCCUUGCAAUGACACGAAAAGCUGUGAGGAUGGAAGCACAUGUUGUAAAACGGAAAAAGGGGAAUGGGCAUGCUGUCCUUUGCCACAGGCUGUUUGCUGCAGUGACUUCAUCCACUGCUGCCCUCAUGGAAAGAUAUGCAACCUGCCCGCUCAGACAUGUGAAGACCCCUCAGGAAAGUCAUCUGAGCCCUGGCUGGAGAAGGUUCCUGCUGUGCCUCAGAAAGUUAAAAGGCCAGCGGAUGUUCCCUGUGACUCUUCCAAAGCGUGUCCUGAUAACACCACCUGCUGCAAGACAGAGACAGGAGAUUGGGCUUGUUGUCCCUUACCUGAGGCUGUGUGUUGUGAUGACUUCAUCCACUGCUGCCCUCAUGGUAAGAUAUGCAACUUGCCCGCUCAGACAUGUGAAGACCCCUCAGGAAAGUCAUCUGAGCCCUGGCUGGAGAAGGUUCCUGCUGUGCCUCAGAAAGUUAAAAGGCCAGCGGAUGUUCCCUGUGACUCUUCCAAAGCGUGUCCUGAUAACACCACCUGCUGCAAGACAGAGACAGGAGAUUGGGCGUGCUGUCCCUUACCUGAGGCUGUGUGUUGUGAUGACUUCAUCCACUGCUGCCCUCAUGGUAAGAUAUGCAACGUGGCCGCUCAGACAUGUGAAGACCCCUCAGGAAAGUCAUCUGAGCCCUGGCUGGAGAAGGUUCCUGCUGUGCCUCAGAAAGUUAAAAGGCCAGCGGAUGUUCCCUGUGACUCUUCCAAAGCGUGUCCUGAUAACACCACCUGCUGCAAGACAGAGACAGGAGAUUGGGCGUGCUGUCCCUUACCUGAGGCUGUAUGUUGUGAUGACUUCAUCCACUGCUGCCCUCAUGGUAAGAUAUGCAACGUGGCCGCUCAGACAUGUGAAGACCCCUCAGGAAAGUCAUCUGAGCCCUGGCUGGAGAAGGUUCCUGCUGUGCCUCAGAAAGUUAAAAGGCCAGCGGAUGUUCCCUGUGACUCUUCCAAAGCGUGUCCUGAUAACACCACCUGCUGCAAGACAGAGACAGGAGAUUGGGCGUGCUGUCCCUUACCUGAGGCUGUAUGUUGUGAUGACUUCAUCCACUGCUGCCCUCAUGGUAAGAUAUGCAACUUGCCCGCUCAGACAUGUGAAGACCCCUCAGGAAAGUCAUCUGAGCCCUGGCUGGAGAAGGUUCCUGCUGUGCCUCAGAAUGUAAAAAGGCCAGCGGAUGUUCCCUGUGACUCUUCCAAAGCGUGUCCUGAUAACACCACCUGCUGCAAGACAGAGACAGGAGAUUGGGCGUGCUGUCCCUUACCUGAGGCUGUAUGUUGUGAUGACUUCAUCCACUGCUGCCCUCAUGGUAAGAUAUGCAACUUGCCCGCUCAGACAUGUGAAGACCCCUCAGGAAAGUCAUCUGAGCCCUGGCUGGAGAAGGUUCCUGCUGUGCCUCAGAAAGUUAAAAGGCCAGCGGAUGUUCCCUGUGACUCUUCCAAAGCGUGUCCUGAUAACACCACCUGCUGCAAGACAGAGACAGGAGAUUGGGCGUGCUGUCCCUUACCUGAGGCUGUGUGUUGUGAUGACUUCAUCCACUGCUGCCCUCAUGGUAAGAUAUGCAACCUGCCCGCUCAGACAUGUGAAGACCCCUCAGGAAAGUCAUCUGAGCCCUGGCUGGAGAAGGUUCCUGCUGUGCCUCAGAAAGUUAAAAGGCCAGCGGAUGUUCCCUGUGACCCUUCCCAUAAGUGUCCUGAUAACACCACCUGCUGCAAGACAGAGACAGGAGAUUGGGCGUGCUGUCCCUUACCUGAGGCUGUAUGUUGUGAAGACCAUGUUCACUGUUGCCCCCAUGACACCACCUGUGACCCGGCUACCCUAAUGUGUAACGGCGCCUCUGGGCCGAUUCCCAUGGUGGGCAAGGUUCGUGCCUUCACAACCCCGGCACCGGACCACGAGGAGUCACCCACCAAAGACCAGGGGGAGCUCUCAAACUACAUUGAGAUGCCUAAGAGCGAUGAAGAAGGCGACCAGUUGGCUAAGAUACAAUGUGACUCUCACACCACCUGCCCAAAGGACACCACCUGCUGCUUUAUCAAAUCGACCCAGAAAUGGGGCUGUUGCCCACUGCCACAGGCGGUGUGCUGUGCAGAUGGAGAGCACUGCUGCCCAAAAGACUACAAGUGUGACGUGAGCAGGACGACGUGCACUAAGGGCAAGGUCACGAUUCCGUGGUACAACAAGCUGGCGGCUCAGUCCGAGGACACGGCCCAGGUGCCGGCCGCCUCGUUGAGGUGUGACGCCCAGAGCAGGUGCCCCGAAGGCUCCAGCUGCUGCAAGCUCUCCACGGGACACUGGAGCUGCUGCCCUCUACGACAGGCUGUGUGCUGUGGCGACGAGGGUCACUGCUGCCCACAAGGCUACAGCUGUAACCUGGGCAUGGGGACCUGUCAGAAGCUAAUGUUGUUUCAGUUCCAGACAGUACCGCUAACCCAAGUGUCUGCACCUGAGCCCCUGACACCUCAGGGGGCGGAGGUCCAAUGCGGGGGGACAUUUGUCUGCCAGGAUCGGGAAACGUGCUGCAAGAUCUCCGCCACUACAUGGGCGUGCUGCCCUGCUCCUAACGCGGUGUGCUGCGAAGACAUGAAGCACUGCUGCCCGACAGGUUACACCUGUGAGGAGGGAAGGAGCUGCGUCCAGUCCAAUGGGUUCAACUGGGCCCACUGGCAGGUGUUCUUCUCCAACAAGAGGAAAGCCCUGCGUGUGUGACAACGUUGGGCCGGACCAAUGGAUCUAAUGGCUGGAAUGACUCCACCCCUACAUGCACUGAACCAAUGCAAUUGCAGGGACCUCAUCUAACUUACAGUAGAUCAAGUUUUCUGUUUUUAAAAGCAGGAUGUUGAGAUACUGUAGGCACCUAAAAAGAAGGAAUAUAUUGUACUAGCAAUUGGCUUUUUGAAAUAACCAUGCUUGCUUAUGUGCGGAAACUACUCUUAAAAUUAGAUAUCAAUGCUCAAUGAUCUUUCAAAAUUGUUAUGAUAGUGAUUCAGGAAAGGAUAAGAAUGUGGUGAAAAACAGUUGACACUGAAUAACAAUUAGGGUUAACUGCCUUGCUCAGGGAUAGAACAGGUGUUUAAUCUUACCAGUUCAAUCUAACAACAUUUUAGUAACUGAUCUGAUGCUCUCACCCCCAGGCUACUUGCCACCACUAAUUUUUACUAAAAAGGUCAGAUUAAUUUGAAAACAAUGGGUUUUUUCACCUUGGUGGCCCUGUGACUGUUGUUCCCUUUUAGUACUAAGGAAAUCAUGUAGGAUGCCUUACCAUCUGUUUAUACACAUUUUCACUCAGCUCCUACUAGGAAUGGAUUUUCCCACUUUGUGUUUUAUGAUUUAUUUAAGGUAAAUAGAAUGUGAAAUAAUCUGGUAAUAAUCAAUUGUGGCUUUUGGUACCAAAGGGAUUACAUUUGCAGUUGUUGUUUGUUGUGAUUGUCCUAAGCUGAAACGUGGAAAUAAAAAUGUUUUUAUUGACAAAUCAA